UUUCUCCGUCGGCUGCGGCGUGCCACCCGCAGCCAGCGUUAUGAGGGCGCGUGCCCCCGUGGAAGCCACUGUUACGCCUGGAGCAAAGAAAAAAAGGCUUCGAAAAUCUGCGCAGGUGGCAGGAGGAGACGACAACAGAGACGAGGUGGCGAUGUCCCAGGAGCCAGACGGGCUGUUCGUGAGGUCCGGGGCGUGCCCCAGGGACGCAGCUGCCUCAGGAGGGGCGGCGGCCCCGAAGACGGCAGGCGGAGCGCCUGCAGCGCGGCACGCGGCCGGUGACCCGUCGACGAGCGGCGCCGCGCAGCACAGAGCAGCUCCCCCAAAGAGGAGUCGGGAGACUCCCAGAGCGAACUGCAGCUGGGCCCUGCUCUGGCGGCGGGCACGAGGCUGUGGCGAGGCUGUGGCGCGGGGAGGGCGGCCCCCUGCUCUGGCGGCGGGCACGAGCCCCCCCCCCCCCCGUGCGCCAUCCCCCCGCCCGGUCGCCGAGCCCGAGCAUACGGCGCCCGCCCUCCGAGCGGGGGCGCCCGGCGACGGCGACGGGACCGGGGCAAAGGGCCCGAGCUGGCCGCCCCGUGCU